UCCAGCAAAGCCCACUGCCUCCUUCCUCCUCACCCUCAAGUGGCAGAGGCCAGGAUGGCAACACACGGCCACCCCCAGGCCUCAUUGCGCUCCUCCCACAGGCCACCCGCCCACUGCGGCGCCCCGGCCCGGCAGUGCCAGCAGCAGGUCGGCACCGCCAGCGCCACGCUUCUCGGGGGCCCUGGUGUUCCAUGGGGUACCAAUCCAAAGGGUUCGGCUCAACUGGGUACGCGACGGCCUCUCGGGCGCCUCCUGCAAGCAGGGACUCGCCCGGCGCGCCCCACGCCUCAUGGACGCCGGCGCCUGCACGUUUCGGCGCCUCUGCGGGCCCAGGAAGCCAGAGGGGUCACCUGGAGGCCUGGCCCCGCCUCUCCUGCACCCCUCCGUUUGACAACAUAUCCACCGCCGUUUUUCCUUUCAAAAUACCCGGACCAAUCGAUUAGCCGUCGCCGGACUCGGACUGCAGGAAGUGAUUGAUCGGCUGUUUGGUUUAUUGAUUCAUUAACUACGGUGCCUCCCUGACCUUCUGCUCCUCGCCAGCGCACAAGCUCACAAUCCACACCCUCCUGAGAGAACCUGCUCUCGCCAUCCGCAGGUCUCCCUGGCCCAAUAGUGGGGAUAUACCUGAGUUGAGCUAGAGGAUUUUAUCCCUGUUGGGAUGGGGGACGUCUCGGGAAGUGUGGUUUCUAAACUAAAAGACUGCAGGAAGUGUCAACUUUAGUGACUGUCAUUGCCAUUCACGAAUGUUUGAUUAGUUUAUAUUCCCUUCGUAGUGCACCCUUCACCGUUUCUUCUCAGACACCAGCGGGUUUCUUCUCAGACACCAGCGGGUUCCCUCUUUCUCUUGAACUAUAAUAAUACCCUACACAUGUGCGUAGAACAUGAUACGUUUCAAAGUGUACUCUUCACAAUUUAUUACUUGGUGCUCCCGGGUGCCUGUUGGAAGUCAGAUGGACUGAGGUGAGGAAGUUGCCACACAGGCUGGCCGUUUCGAUAGCGGUAAUGUGCAUUUACUGAGUAGCUACUAAGUGCUAGAUGUGCUUCCUGGGCACUUUAUAGACAUUGGUCUCCACUAUAUUUUUGCUAGGGGUGUUAUCCCAAUUUUUCAAAGAGAAAAUAGGGCAAAGAUAGUUCUCACAGUGGUAGAACCAGAAUCCCCAUCCAUAAGGUCUCACUGAAGACCUUAUGAAAUCAGACCACACCUGACUGCCUUGGGCUCAGGGUAGCUGUGAUGGAGCUCUGAGUAGACCACAGUCACCGAGACACUACUAGUUCUUGUAUCAUCCUUGACAAAAUUGAAAUCUGAGGUUGGUUUGCUAUCUCCCAACAUGCUGCAGGACAUGUACUCCCCUGAACUGCAUCCCUUUCAUUUCAAGUCCCUGCCCUCACUUUAGGGUCACACCAGUCUUCCUUGUGGUACCAUUUAACACUCAAUUGUUUUCCCAAUAAGGGUCUGCAUGUCCCACACCCGAGGCCCUACUGCUCAGAAAAUAUUCGUGUUCUGAGGGAAGCUGAGUGCAUCAUUUACUCAGUGAUGAGAAGCCCUGGCUACCAGGCACUUCAGGCAGCUCCUAGGGCUGCCUGUGUGUUUGAACUUGAGCUCUUCAUGUGCCAUUUCAACAUGUCUUAUCCAUUUCUGUAUAGACUAUAUAUAGUAAUAAUAGGACGCAGCACUCUGAUACUAAUUUUUAAAUUAUCAUAAUCUAACAUGUUACAGAAAUAUCAAAAAGAUAAUGGCACUGGAGUACUAGAUACUUAGGUACUUAAGAAAUAGCCUUUAAUCCCAAGGCCUUACUUAAAACUUAAGUUUAAACACAAUCUCUGAUGUGAUGAGUGGAAAUAAUUCUUUUGUGUUAAAACAUACAGACAAAACAAAGCUAUAUGGCCAAAAUAAUAACCGUUAUUGUAUCUUGUGGAACAAAAAAGGGCAUGGUGAUUGCUCUGUUCCUCAGGGAAACACAUUGAAUGUCUUGUUUUCAGACACCACAUCUGAUGCAUAUACAGAUGUAUGAUUGGAGUAGAUUAUUUCUAAUGCCCCUUAAGCUCUACUACUCAGAUUCUUUCCUUCUCCAGAGUAAUGGUAAUGGAUUUUAAGCUGUGAAAAAACAGUUAAGUACUGCCUUCACCCGCUAAGUAAAGGCCUAUUCUAGGCUACUUACCUUGCACCCAUUAUGAGGUGUAAAACCAAAAAUGUUGUGAAAUCAAAUUUCAUUGAAGUCUCAUGUAACUUUA